ACUUCAACGCUUUGACGGUAGAUAUAAUCGACUAGAUCGGAGAUCGAUUUAGCCGUCUAAAAUGUAGCUAACGCACGCGCAGAUGUAGGUCUUCCUUUUUGCGAAAAUCUUCGCCAUGGCUCCUUUGAAGAAGCAGGCAACCAAAGGCUCCAAGGGGGGCAAGAAGAGAAAGCAGGUCCUGAAGUUCACUCUGGACUGCACACACCCGGUUGAAGAUGGCAUCAUGGAUGCUGCCAACUUUGAGCAGUUCCUUCAGGAGCGCAUCAAGGUGAAUGGGAAAUCUGGCAACCUGGGUGGUGGUGUGGUGUCCAUUGAGAGGAGCAAGAGCAAGAUAACAGUGUCUUCUGAAGUCCCCUUCUCCAAAAGAUACCUGAAAUAUCUGACCAAGAAAUACUUGAAGAAGAACAACCUUCGUGAUUGGCUGCGUGUUGUAGCCAAUACUAAAGAGAGCUAUGAACUACGCUACUUCCAGAUUAACCAGGAUGAAGAGGAGGAAGAGGAUGAGGAUUAAACCAUAUUUGUGUUGGAUUUUGUACAUUCAAUAAAUUCUUGGAGUACUCAGUU